AACGAAGACCUGCUUUCUGAAGGAUUUUGUUUUUCCUUUCUGAAUAGUGUGACUGGAUACCUUGAUUAUGGCAGCCUGUGAUAAAUUGCAGGUUAUUCUGCUUGGUACUACUGGAUCUGGUAAAAGUGCUUCAGGAAAUACCAUACUUGGUAAAAAAGCUUUUAAAUCUUUUGCGUCCACCCAGUCUGUCACUGUAUCAUGCCAGACUGCAACAUCAAAAAUCUAUGGAACAGAAGUUACUCUUGUGGACACUCCUGGCUGGGACUGCACACGAAUGUCUGAGGAUGAGGUUGUAGAAGAAACGCAAAGAGCUAUCUCAAAUCUUCAUGGGCCUUACUCUUUUCUCAUGGUCAUUCCCAUUGGUUCUUACACACCUAAAGAGAUGACGAUGCUCUCAAAAUUAUGCAAAUGUUUGGGGAAUGGAUUUUUUGAUUACACUUCAAUUCUGUUCUCCAAGAACGAUGACCUUGAAUCAAAAUCCUUUAAACAGUUUCUAGAGGAAGAAGGUGGAAUAUUGAAGAGCACCAUAGAGAAAUGUGGAAAUCGAGUGCACACUUGGAACAACAAAGAUAGUUUAGUUGACAAGAAGCUGAUCCAGAAGUUAUUGCAGGAUCUGACAGCAACACAGACAAUGAAUGCACAACCCAAGGAUAAAAAAAACCCCAAACAAGGUCUACUUAAUUUAAAUGAUAUGAUAGGAAGCUCAGAUACACAUGUGGGCAUAUGCAAGAACGAAGAUCCACUGAAUCAGCCAAUGGAACCAAUCAGAGUCCUUGUCCUGGGAAUAGCUGGAGUGGGAAAGACCACAUCCAUCAAAACACUUACAGGAAAUAACAAUCAAACUGACAGCCGCAACGCACCAGUUUACAAGAUCAAUGAAUCUAGGACAAAUAUAAAGUUCAUUGAUUCAAUUGGCUUCAAAGACGUAGAGGAAGUGACAAAGAUUAUAUCUAAUGUUUGGUCAGACGCCACUCCAGGGCCACAUGUCAUCAUGAUUGUAAUUAAAGUGGGACGUGUGACUGAAGCAACUUUCCAAGUAACAGAUCGCAUACAUGCAUGUCUUGAGAAUUCCGUGGCACAUACAAUGAUUCUUUUUACUGGUAAGGAUGAUCUAGAGGAUAGAGAUAUUAAAGAAUUCAUUGAGGAGAGUCCACAGCUCAAAAACCUUGUAGAAAUGCAUGGGAACAAAUUUCAUGCACUGAACAACAAGGAUAUCACUGAUCAGGUUCAAGUGCGUUGUCUGCAGGAGAAGAUAUCUCACAUAUACCAUCAAAAUAAUGGUGAUUAUAUCAAGGAGCAGAGGAUACAUCCAUAUCAAAAGUAAA